AUGUCGUAUACACCAAAGGACGUUUCACCUGGACCAGACCAAACAAUCACCACCACCCCCCGUUCCUCACCGCCAAUGCUACCAACCGACGUACCAGGAAACCGUUCCAAUGAGCAGCACGCACCAUCCGUGGCUCCAAUGAAUCGAUGGCUUUAUUCUAUAAGCUGUGCACGAUAUGGGACGAUGCUGUGGUAUCGCUGUGCGGCAAAAUUGUCUCAUCCCUAUUGA